CCGCCCGGGCGGAGCGCGUCCCGCAGCCGGCUCGUCCCCGUCGCGGCCCCGGGUGCUCGCCCCGGCCCGCCCGCCCGGUGCGGAGCUCGCCAUGGCGGCCACGGACCUGGAACGCUUCUCGAAUGCGGAGCCAGAGCCCCGGAGCCUCUCCCUGGGCGGCCACGUGGGCUUCGACAGCCUCCCCGACCAGCUGGUCAGCAAGUCGGUCACUCAGGGCUUCAGCUUCAACAUCCUCUGCGUGGGGGAGACCGGCAUCGGCAAGUCCACGCUGAUGAACACGCUCUUCAACACGACCUUCGAGACCGAGGAAGCCAGUCACCAUGAGGAGUGUGUGCGCCUGCGGCCCCAGACCUACGACCUCCAAGAGAGCAAUGUGCAGCUCAAGCUGACCAUCGUGGACGCUGUGGGCUUCGGGGACCAGAUCAAUAAGGAUGAGAGUUACAGGCCCAUCGUUGACUACAUCGACGCGCAGUUUGAAAACUACCUGCAGGAGGAGCUGAAGAUCCGCCGCUCGCUCUUCGACUACCACGACACGAGGAUCCACGUGUGCCUCUACUUCAUCACGCCCACCGGCCACUCCCUCAAGUCCCUGGAUCUGGUGACCAUGAAGAAAUUGGACAGCAAGGUGAACAUCAUUCCCAUCAUUGCCAAGGCUGACACCAUCUCCAAGAGUGAGCUCCACAAGUUCAAGAUCAAGAUCAUGGGCGAGCUGGUCAGCAACGGGGUCCAGAUCUACCAGUUUCCCACUGAUGACGAGGCUGUUGCAGAGAUUAACGCGGUCAUGAAUGCGCACCUGCCCUUUGCCGUGGUGGGCAGCACCGAGGAGGUGAAGGUGGGGAACAAGCUGGUCCGGGCGCGGCAGUACCCGUGGGGCGUGGUGCAGGUGGAGAACGAGAACCACUGCGACUUCGUGAAGCUCCGGGAGAUGCUGAUCCGGGUGAACAUGGAGGACCUCCGCGAGCAGACCCACAGUCGGCACUACGAGCUCUACCGGCGCUGCAAGCUGGAGGAGAUGGGCUUCCAGGACAGUGAUGGGGACAGCCAGCCCUUCAGCCUGCAGGAAACCUACGAGGCCAAGAGGAAGGAGUUCCUGAGCGAGCUGCAGAGGAAGGAGGAGGAGAUGAGGCAGAUGUUUGUCAACAAAGUGAAGGAGACAGAGCUGGAGCUGAAGGAGAAGGAAAGGGAGCUCCACGAGAAGUUCGAGCACCUCAAGCGGAUCCACCAGGAGGAGAAGCGCAAGGUGGAGGAGAAGCGCCGGGAGCUGGAGGAGGAGACCAACGCCUUCAACCGCAGGAAGGCCGCCGUGGAGGCCCUGCAGUCGCAGGCCCUGCACACCACCUUGCAGCAGCCUCUGAGGAAGGACAAGGACAAGAAGAAUUAACGCACGUACAGGCUUACAUGUCAAGAGCGGACUUUAGACUUUCAUGUGUUAAGUUGCUUGAGUUACACCUUGUGACCCUUCUCCCAUAACAUGGUGUGAGGAUGGACUGGGAGCCGGUACAGACUCCAGUGUUUACAGCCUUGCAGUGUCCCCUGCCCCCAUCCCCAGGCCACCCCGGCCCUGGAGGGCCACCCCGGUCUAUGCAAACACGACAAAGCCAUGAAUGCUGGAAUCCCAAACUGACGAGGUUUAUUUUUUUCAGAGCCAGUGGCUGGUCUUCCAUUUACAGUGUCACUAUUCCUUGAUGGAGCAGCCGCGUGCCCGCCGCUCUAGCCAAGGUCCCCGCCGGCGGUGCUCGGCCUAGUUGUUCAGCGUCAAGAUGGUGACUCACGCGGUGCCUUAGGCGUGGCCGUGUGGGCCGGCGUACAUGCUGCAAAAUUUGCCCGGCUCCCCUUCAUUUUAAUUUUUCUAACCUAGAGCUUAAUUUCAAUAAUAACUUUUAAAACACUUUUAAAUUUUUAUUUUGGCACGAGCGUAAACACAAAUAAUAUCCUCUCCCAUUAUUUUCCUAAGUAACACAGAUUCCCUGAUUUUUAAAAACUAAAAAUAUCUCUCAGCCUUUUUUAUGUAAAAGUAUCCCUAUAAUACAUAGGGAGAGGUGGGUAAUAAACAUCCUGUAAUGACAGUGUUUGGAAUUUCUUUACGGAUGAAAGUGGAACACGAACAGGACCACGCCCAGUGUUUUCACUAUGAAUGUAAAUGGAACAGCAGCCCAACGCCCUUGUCUGUGUGCCCCCCAGGUGCUACCUGCAAACAGGGACCAGCUCCGUGUGCGUGUGUUCAGUGUCUGACUCCAGCCAAGACCCCCAAACCAAGGCUGCGUAUUCCAAAUGCACAGAGCACUCAGCUGGGAAGAGGUUUUCAUUUCACGGUCCCUGUUUCCUUUUUCCUGGCUGAGUCACAGGGCAAAAGAGGAAGGUGCCUGAUGUCUGUGGACAGUUUAAGAAAAAACUGCCGGCAAAGGAGCUUUUCCUCUUCUGCUGCAUUCUUAAGGGGUUGCUUUCAGAAAGGACUAGCAUCAUUGGUCCUUCCAUGUUCCUUUUGGCUCACAAGCGACCCCGCAAGGAUUGGGAUUGAGAAUACGGCCCCGAUAAAACAGGAGGUGAGAAAUCGUAGAUGAAAGGAAGGAGUGCGCUUCAUGCUGAUGAAGCGCUGUGCUGAGCACAGGCUGCCAGAGUGACACGCAGCGCCCCCUCGAGGACAUCACAGGCUAAUGCACUCUGGCUGGAAGCCUUAGGCAGCCAUGCCCAUUGAUUUGGGGUCGGUGGUUUGUUUCCCACCCUCCUCCUUCCCUCCCAUUGCCUGCUUUGUGGAUUUGCAGGACCAAGUCCCGAUUCCUUCUGCCCUUCUGGAAUGGUGCUCUAUUCCAAGUGGGCUGGAGGGGUGGGCCAUGUGUGUCCACGGAGGCAAGGCCAGAAAGAUGCAGCCUAGCAUGUGAGGGGUCUGCUCGCCGGGAGCAGAGCAGUUCUAUUGAGGCUCAAAGUGAACAUUCUCCCAGUGUUAUGUUGUGACCAGGGGUGGAUUCAGAUUUGGAAGGGAUAGAAACUUGAACUAUUUGAGAAGCCUUCUUCAAGAAAAAGAGCAUAAAUACACGAUUAGAUAUGGGGCUAUGGAAGGAGCCUUGAGCAUUGAGCUUUCUUAGCCUCCCAGGACACCACCUCUGGCUGCGGCUGCUGAUAACUGAUGCUUCGGUGUGGGGCCAGACAGUAAACCAGCAUAUCUAAGGCCGAUGUGGGCUGCAAGUAGCUUGUCUUUAGGGUAAUGACACGCCUGAAAGUAUAUAAACUUGGGCAGAAGUAUGGCCUGAAGACAGCUGCUUUGGCUAAUGCAUCUCUGAGGAUGAGGCUCCCCGACCCCGUGGGCUCUCUGGUUGUAUAAGAAAUGAGGACUCCCGGUUCAUGAGCCAGUCUGGCGAUUCUGCCACCAGCCAUCCACCGUGGCCUGCGGGCCGCCCCCAGGACGAACUGGGAGGCCAGGGUGGUGGCUGACCACCUGCCUGCAGAUCUCUGGGGGAUGGGGGUGUCUGUCGUUGUGGCACUGUGGCAGUUCAGGCUGCCUCCAAGGGUCCCAUCAGCUUUCAUGGACCUCACUGCACUUCUCUCCUGGUGCUGCCUGUGUUUGGGAUUUUGUCACCUAGUUGAGUCCAAAUUAAUCCUUGGUGUGUAGGGUGAGCUUGACACUUGCUGUUAUUUAAGAAGCGACUCCUCGUGGAAUGUGGCCCCUGCCUGCAGGGUCCGAUUCGCCCUCCUCUUCCUCCGUGUCGCUGGCCGGCUUAUUUAGGCUGUCAGGGGGUCAUGCUGGCAUAUUCUCUCGCAUCUUUCGUGAAUCAAGUUAAUUUGGGGUAGAAUCACCAUAUAAUUUAUUGUUCAAACUGAGACGUUUGAGAGCGAAAGGAGAUGCUGUUAAUCAUUUCAGCUCAACAGGCAUAAGCCAGAACUGCCCCGGGCGAACCGGGAGGCAUGGCCACCCCGGUUGCAGGGAGCGGAGCCUAGGCGGUUUGCAGCGGUUCAGGCUGACUGCGUGCGUGUUCGUAUGUCUACGUGUGGGUUCCCUGUGAAGUGGGGCUCAUGCUCCUGGGCUUGCUAGUCUGUUACGUUAACCCGCUUUUCUAAAACUGCUUCCCUUGUCAAUUCAUUUACUCCUUCAUUCAUUGACUGUUUUUGUUCCUUUCCAUUCACUUUGUACUCGU